AGCAGAUAUUUUGUUUUCCGAUAGUCAUCGCUACCCCGAAAGCAUGGAGCUCAAACUCCACACAUCAAUGGCUACUGUGGGAUCCAUUUCAAGCGCAGCAAACUCUGUCGUGUUCACCCAUUCCUCUACCUCCAUUCCUAUCUGCACCUACGCAGUUCCUGAUUCCAGCAGGCGCCGAAACGGCAACAAUACUAGCCGUUCCACUUACAAAACCUCUCCUUUGGGUAAGGGGAACCAUCCCAUAGAACCCAAAUUGAAGCUUGAUCAUCAAAACCAAAACGCCUCGUUACCCUUGAAUGUGGACUUGGUGGCCCUGUGUGAAGAGGGUAAGCACGAUCGAGUAAUGGAACUCAUGGGUCAAGGUGCUACUGCUGAUUACCGCGUUUAUCUUGCGCUCUUGAAUUUGUGUGAGCAUACAAGGUCGCUUGAAUUGGGGAAAAGGGUCCAUGAAUUCCUGAGAAUAUCGACCUUUCGUGGGGACGUUGAACUGAGCAACAGGUUGAUCGGAAUGUACAGCAAAUGUGGCAGUGUGAAGGAUGCACGCCGAGUGUUUGAUCAAAUGCAAGAGAGAAAUACCGCUUCGUGGCAUUUGAUGAUUGGUGGGUACACGGCUAAUGGUUUAGCGUGUGAUGGUUUACUGGCUUUUCAGAAGAUGAAGCACGCGGGGGUGCCAUUGGAUGGGCAAACUUUUGAAUUGGUUUUGGCUGCAUGCGCACAGGCAGAAGCUGUGGAAGAAGGGCUUUUACACUUGGAGUCAAUGAAGGAGAAUGGAAUAGUUCCAAGAGUGGAGCAUUACUUGGAGGUUAUAAACAUUAUGGGGAAUGCUGGUCGAUUGAAUGAAGCUGAGGAGUUCAUUGAGAAGAUACCAAUUGAGGUUGGAGCUGAGGGUUGGGAGUCUCUUCGAAAUUUUGCUCGAAUACAUGGAAAUUUAGAUCUUGAAGAUCGUGCAGAGGAGUUGUUAAAGUAUCUUGAUCCUUCAAAAACUAUUGUUGAUAAACUUCCUAUGCCUCCAAGAAAGAAGCAGCAUGAUAUUAACAUGCUAGAGGAGAAGAAUAGGGUGACUGAGUAUCGGUAUUCUAUUCCGUAUAAAGAAGAGGCUCAUGAGAAAUUAGGAGGUUUGAGUGGCCAGAUGAGGGAAGCCGGUUAUGUGCCGGAUACAAGAUAUGUCCUCCAUGACAUUGAUGAGGAGGAAAAAGAGAAGGCCUUGCAAUAUCAUAGCGAACGUUUGGCAAUUGCUUAUGGUCUCAUCAGUACACCCCCAAGGACAACACUUAGAAUCAUCAAGAACCUACGUAUCUGUGGGGACUGCCACAAUGCAAUCAAAAUUAUGUCCAAGAUUGUUGGAAGGGAGCUAAUUGUUCGGGAUAACAAGCGAUUCCAUCAUUUUAAAGACGGAAAAUGCUCCUGUGGAGAUUAUUGGUAGCGUUGGUAAAAGUGCUUAACUGUACAUACUAUUGAUGUUGUACUGCUAGAUUGUUUCUUAUUUGCAGACAAAUAUGUAAGGAUCAAUCAAAGAAGUUUUUGUUCCAUCAAUGAAUUGACCUGCGUUGUGUCU